UGGGUGGGUGGGAAAAUGGCGGUCGUGGCAGCCUGGCUGUGGAACGAGCGCUUCUGGCUUCCGGUCAACGUGACUUGGGCCGAUUUGGAGCGAGAGAGCACCGAGGGAUACCGCGCCGGUCACCUUCUGGCGGCGCUCCCGCUAGCCGCCGGCCUUUUGGUCUUGAGGCACUUCUUCGAGAGGUUUCUUGCCAAACGCUGUGCUGUGCAUGUUGACAUUCAAGACAGUGGACCUCACAGAGCUCAACCCAAUGCAAUUUUAGAAAAAGUGUUUACAUCCAUCACUAAAUGUCCAGAUGCAAGCCGAUUAGAAGGUUUGUCAAAACAACUAGAUUGGGAUGUCCGAAAAAUCCAGCGCUGGUUUCGUCACCGAAGGAACCAGGAUAAACCAAGCACCCUUACAAAGUUCUGUGAGAGCAUGUGGCGGCUUACAUUUUAUUUAUGUAUUUUUAUAUAUGGACUCAGAUUUCUUUGGACGUCACCCUGGUUUUGGGAUACACGACAAUGCUGGUAUAACUAUCCUUAUCAGCCCAUAACAUCAGACAUUUAUUACUAUUAUGUCAUUGAACUGGCCUAUUACUCGUCUCUUCUGUAUUCACAGUUUACUGAUAUUAAGCGAAAGGAUUUCUUCAUGAUGUUUGUUCAUCAUGUGGCUACUGUUGGUCUCAUUACCUGCUCCUACGUGAACCACAUGGUACGAAUAGGUACUUUGGUCAUAUGUCUCCAUGAUUCAACAGAUAUAUUUUUAGAACUUGCAAAAUUGUUCAACUAUGCGAAGUAUCAGCGACUCUGUGAUGCCACCUUUAUAUUAUUUGGUGUGGUGUUUCUUAUUACCCGCUUGGGGAUUUUUCCUAUUUGGAUACUGAAUACUACUAUGUUUGAAAGCUGGGAAAUAAUUGGCCCCUACCCAUCCUGGUGGUUUUUCAAUAGCCUUCUCUUAAUAAUACAAGUAUUACAUAUUAUCUGGUCCUACUACAUCAUUCGCAUUGCCUACAAAGCUAUGGCACGAGGAAAGGUAUCAAAAGAUGAGCGCAGUGAUGUGGAGAGCAGCUCUGAUGAUGAUGAUGCGACUUCAAACAACAAAAAAGGAAUUAACACUUCAAGCAAUGAUCGCAAUCGGAUCAAUGGCCAUGUAACUAGUGACCAGUGGGCAGAAGAGUAAAAACAGGGACAGCUGCCCCACAAUCCAAAGAUUUGAUUCAAAUAUCUAGAAAUGCCCAGUUACAAGAAAUUUUUAAUCAACUGCCUAACCACUCCCAAAUCCUCCAGCGAAUCUGAAACAGGACAGCCCAGGCAGUUUUGCACAGGAUGAAGAAGCUGUUUACUAGUACAAAACCUUUUUCGACUUUAACAUUUAAAGAAAAUAAGCCAUUUUGUAUUUAAUGUUUUUUGAAAUAUGUAAGAGAAGAGAGAAAGUAGGCUUCAGAAUUUGUUAUUUUUUUUUGGUUAAGCUUGUUCACCAACAGGUUCUGACUGCUUUAUGGCAUUCCAGGAUUUUUGGACAACGAUCUAUCAGUCCAUAUUUCUUUUAGGACCUACUGGGCUACACCUAAACAACCUAGGGGUUGUGGUACAGAGUGAAGGGUUUGCUUAUUAGUGCAUGGCAUAUCAAUGGCAAAUACUUUUUUUUUCCUCAUGUCAUCUUACUGAGUGAUAAGAAAGAUGAAGCUGGCAUUUAUUAUUUUUCUUGAGUGGUGCAGCAUCUCCAAAGUCUUCAUUGCGAUUUCCUACACAAUCCUGCUUUUCAUACCAAUUCUGGAUUUGAGUUCAUUUAAAAAUUACAAAACAAGAUGAGUAGUUUUCAGUGAUAGGAUUAUAGAUAGGGAUGACCAGUGUUUGCUGCUGAUUGUCCCAUAAAGAGAAGUUAUGAACGUACCCAUGUUUUCAGAAGAAAAGUGAUAUCCUGGACGAACCUCAAUCUUGUGUGAUACACCUGGGAUGCAGUGGCUGUCUCACAGGGACUGGAUGGGUUUCCUGCCCUCAUUUGCCUUUUAUUCAAUGGUACUUCAAAGGAGAUGGAAGAUGGGGAAGUGUUGAUAGGACUUGGGCUUUGGAAAUCCCCUGAAUUAUCAUUUUAUAUUAUUGUUUACUCUGUGAUUAAAAAAUCCUUCAUGAA